AUGACUUCUGGCGAGCAAAACAAGAGCAUAUAUGGCUCGCCAUACAUGGCCGAGUUUUAUGAGUUACGAUGGGCAUGUGGUGUAGGGCUGGAGGAUGUUGAGCUGGUCUAUUGGCCGGCGUUUGUCGAAAUGUUUUCCAAGCACCCUCGAGGAGCCCAAUUUACCUUCAUCGACAUCGGCACAGGGGGCGGUCGUUCAAUCCUGGGUUUGCUCGAUAAAGCAGUUGCCGAGUCGUUCGAAAUCCCCCUUGGGUCUGCUCAGUUUAUUGGGAUGGAUAUCGAAGAGAACAUGCUUGACUACGCUGCCAGGGAGGCCUCGAAACACCCUGGAAUCAGCCCCGUCACUUGGUCUCUUGGUUCAGCGCUGGCACUGGACAAACUGCGUGAGCUGGCCGACAGGAAGACCACAGUCGACAUGCUCAUCUUCACAUAUGGCAGUAUCGCCCAUUUGACAGGAGACGGCGAGCUGGGGCAGUUCUUUACCCAGGUCUCUCGUGUGUUGACUCCCGGGAGCGGCCGCGCCUAUGUUGAUUUUUUUGAUGAUAUCUUCAUUCCCCACGGCCAGGACGGCGCCAAAAUGGAGGAUGCGUCCACUGAUGCGCAUCCAGAUGUCCAGAGCGCAGAGAUAAAGAGCAUUCAGUGGCCAGGUAUCUCGUACCAGAUGGAGACAUCGAAGUUUGUGACGGCCGGCGUCUUCUGUGACGCGGACCUGAUGGUGCAUGUUGUGAGAGAGGAUAAGACGGUCGUCCAGAGCAACUCCAUCCAUCACCAUCUGCGUAUACACCGGGAAGACCACGUCCAGGCUGCUUCGCGGGAGGCAGGGCUAGUCCAGGUCGGCAAGAAAAGCUGUAUGAAGGACACAGUCUUCAUCUUCCAGAAGCCUGCUUGA